AUGGAGAAGAUUUUCUCAGAUGCAGCAAGAGUUGGAGGCUUAGAUGGAGUAUUAAUCGAUACCUUGGGCCUGGGAUUAAAUACGACCCAAAUACUGUUUUCUGCUGUCACUGAGUUAUCUGACCAAGUGGUUUUGAAAGGAGCAGCAACUGGUUUUGAGAAGUGGAAACUGCUGGUGAUUGCAAGCAGGAUGGAAGAUAGGUCUUGGACGCAUGCAGAUAAAAGAUCUUUAGCUUAUGAGUUAGGGGUGGGAAGUUUCUUGAAGUUUGCUUUAGAAAACGCGAAAAAUCCUAAACACGUUCCUUGUCCAUGUGUAAAAUGUGGGAAUAUGGAUUUCUUUCCUAUCUCUGUGAUUAAGACUCAUUUGUAUUAUAAUGGAGUUGAUAAAAGUUAUAAGGUGUGGAAGUGGCAUGGGGAGACAGUAGAUACAACUUCGGGUAGUAGUGAAGAUUCAACCUCAGGUUCGAGUGAAUCUGAAUCGGUGGAUGGGAGUGUUAUGGCAGAUUGUACAAUGGAUAGGUCUGAUGAUGACGAUCAGUUUUCAUCAGAGUGCAAUGAUUUUAAGGAGUUUGUGGAGGAUGCAAAUAAGCCAUUGUACCCUGGUUGUGUACGAUUUACAAAGUUGGGUGUGCUGGUGAAGUUGUACAAUUUAAAAGCUAAACAUGGAAUGAGUGAUGCUGCUUAUUCCGAUUGGCUAAUCGCUUUCGGGGAACAUCUUCCCGAAGGUAAUGAAAUUCCAACUUCUGUUUACGAGGCUAAGAAGACUUUGGGGGCACUAGGGAUGGAUUAUAGGAAGAUACAUGCAUGUCCUAAUGACUGCAUUUUGUACAGAAAACAGUACGAAGAUAAUCUCAAUUGUCCUACCUGUGGUGUCUCUAGGUGGAAGGUAGGAAAAAAUUCGAAGGAGAGAGAAGGUGUACCAGCUAAGGUACUCUGGUAUUUUCCACCCAUUCCUAGGUUUAAGAGAAUGUAUCAGUCUACAAAAACAGCUACUAGUUUGACUUGGCAUGCCACUGAUAGACCGAAAGAUGGGUUAAUGCGCCAUCCGGCAGAUGCGUUGACCUGGAAAUCAGUUGAUGAGAAGUGGCCUGAGUUUGGUUUGGAGUCAAGAAACUUAAGGCUUGCGCUAUCAUCUGAUGGCUUUAAUCCUCAUAGUUCUUUAAGUAGCAAAUAUAGUUGUUGGCCAGUCAUUCUUGUUAACUACAAUCUCCCUCCUUGGCUUUGUAUGAAAAGAAAAUACAUGAUGUUAACGUUGUUGAUUUCCGGGCCUAAACAACCUGGAAAUGACAUCGAUGUCUAUUUGGAACCAUUAAUUGAUGAUUUGAAGGUUCUUUGGGAGGGAGUAAAGGGAGUUUAUGAUGCAAGCAGCAACGAGUAUUUUACUCUCAAGGCUGCACUAUUUUGGACAAUCAAUGACUUCCCAGCCUACGGUAACUUGUCUGGGAGCAUUGUUAAAGGGUAUAAUGCAUGCCCAAUAUGUCUUGAAAAGACCUCACCAAAGAGGCUGGUCCACGGAGGGAAGAUGGCUUAUAUGCGACAUAGAAGGUGGAAAGAAAGAAAUCAUCCUUAUCGAAAGCAAAGGGCUGCUUUUGAUAACAAGCAAGAACAUGAAGCUGCUCCUAUUCCAUUGAGUGGAGAAGAAGUUCUGAAAAGGAUGGAAGAAGAAGUGUUAAUUUGGUUGUUUGGGAAGAAACAUCCUCCUCCUCCAUACAAAGGUGAAAAGGAUGAAAGCAGACCUUGUUGGAAGAAGAAGUCGAUCUUUUUUGAACUUGAAUACUGGAAAUUUCUUCCAGUUCGCCAUUGCCUAGAUGUGAUGCAUAUUGAAAAAAAUGUUUGUGAUAGUCUCUUAGGCACAUUGUUAAACAUUCCAGGAAAAACAAAAGAUGGGAUCAAGGCUCGUUUGGAUCUGGUUGAGAUGGGUAUUAGACCUGAACUUGCACCUAAUCUUGAUGGUCCGAAAAAAAAUCGCUUGCCAUUAGCAAGUUGGAAUCUGACCUGUGAUGAGAAGAAAUCAGUUUGUGGUUGUUUUUGUUGUAUGAAGGUUCCUAAUGGCUACUGUUCAAAUAUUCAUAAUUUGGUUUCUAUGGAUGACGUAAGGCUUAGUGGGAUGAAGUCUCAUGAUUGUCAUGUGUUAAUGCAACAACUCCUUCCUGUUGCAUUAAGGGCUGUCUUAGACAAACCGGUUAGAGUUGCUGUUAUCAGAUUAUGUCUUUUCCUUACUGAGAUUUGCAGUAAAUCAUUUGAGGUAUCUAAGCUACCUAAAAUUCAAAGUGAUAUUAUUGAGACAUUGUGCUUGCUGGAGAAGUAUUUUCCUCCUUCAUUCUUCGACAUAAUGGUACAUUUGACGGUUCACCUAGUUAGAGAAGUUGAACUAUGUGGACCAGUUUUCUAUCGGUGGAUGUAUCCUUUUGAAAGAUACAUGAAGGUCUGCAAGGGUUAUGUCCGCAAUAGAAAUCGUCCCGAGGGUUGUAUAGCAGAGAAUUACAUUGCUGAAGAAGCUAUUGAAUUUUUAGCCGAACGCUUGUUGUCAGAGCAAACUGCUGGAAUUCCAAAACAUCGUUCGAAGGAGUGCAAGCCUACUUCUGGUGCUAAAGUCUCCUCUAUCUAUGGCAGUGAGUUCAACCAAGCGCAUCUAUGUGUUCUACAAAACACCGAAGAGUUCAGAACCUACUUUAUCGAGCAUAUGGAAUAUUUGAAGGGAGCUUUUCCUAGGUACAAAAAGAAUAAGAAGUGGCUUAAGGACAAACAAAACAGUUCAUUUGCAGAUUGGGUGAAGAUAAGGGUGGGGCAACAACUGGAUGAUCAUGCAAGCAACAUAUCUGAAAUAGUGAGAUGGAUUGCGGAUGGACCAAGUCAUGAAGUAGCAAAGUUCAACAGUUACAAAAUUGAUGGAGUCCAGUUUUACACCAAGUCUCUUGACAAUGUUCGAGUGUGUCAGAAUAGUGGCAUUUAUCUAGAGGCUGAAGCUAUGGUUGUUGCUAGUGCUAGGGAUAGAAAUCCUGUAGAUGACGAUAUGAGUUUUUAUGGGGUGAUAAAUGAAAUUUGGGAGCUAAAUUAUACUAAGUUUAGGCUGCCCCUGGUUAAGUGUGAUUGGGUUGAGAGUUCAAAAGGUGUCAAAGUGGACGACCUUGGUUUCACCUUAGUGAAUUUGAAUAGAAAAGGCCACGUAAAUGACAUAUUUGCUUUGGCUACAUCUGUCUAUCAGAUUUUUUAUGUGCAAGACCCUAUAGAUCCUAGGUGGUCAGUUGUUCUAAGAGUCCCUGAAAGGGAUUACAAUGACUUGGCUCAUGAUGAUGAGCUUGGGGACACUAUAAUUGAUCACCACCCCUUUACUGAUAGAAUGCCAUUUGUUGAGAGUGGGGAGGGAGAGAACGGUUACAUCAGAUAG